AUGGAGCCACUCCUAAUCCUGUUGGCCUUUCUUCUGCCUCCCAGGGCUGGGACAGACGAGAUCAUCGGGGGCCAUGAGGCCAAGCCCCACUCCCGCCCAUACAUGGCCUUUCUUCAGAUCUGGGAUAAGGGGACUCGGAAGAGGUGUGGCGGCUCCCUGAUACGAGAAGACUUCGUGCUGACAGCCGCGCACUGUUGGGGAAGCUCCAUAAACGUCACCCUGGGGGCCCACAACAUCAAGGAGCAGGAGAAGACCCAGCAGGUCAUCCGUGUGAGAAGAGCCACCCGCCACCCAGCAUAUACUUCUAACAGAUUCUUCAAUGAUAUCAUGCUGCUGCAGCUGGAGACAAAGGCCAGGCGGACUACAGCCGUGCGGCCCCUCAAGCUGCCCAAGCACGUGGGCUGGGUGAAGCCAGGGGAGGAGUGCAUUGCGGCCGGCUGGGGCCGGACUGCCCUGGAGAGCAAAAACUCAGACACACUGCAGGAGGUGAUGCUGACCGUGCAGCAGGACAAGACGUGCGAAACGCUCUUUCCCCAGAAUUACCGCAAAGCCACAGAGAUUUGUGUGGGGGACCCAAAGACGACAAAGAUCCCUUUCAAGGGGGAUUCCGGUGGCCCCCUCGUGUGUAAGAACAUGAUCCAGGGUAUCGUGUCCCGUGGACGAAUAAAUGGGACCCCUCCAGGAAUAUUCAUGAAGGUCUCACAUUUCCUGCCCUGGAUACGGAAAACAAUGAAGCGUAGCUGCUGACAGCAGGGGUAAGACUGACCUUCCUCUGAGCUUGACCAUCUUUUCUGGGCAGAGGCAAGAAUCCCACAGAGGUGGACAGUGGGGAAUGCAGGAUUGCAAUAAAUGGA